CGGUUCAAUUCAUUCCCUAUGAGAACAGCGGUACGUGAGCGCAGGCCGCUAACGGCGACGAGGGUACCCGGAUGUUCAGCGCUCUAGGCAACAGCGCUGCGCGAGCUGCCUGCUGGUUCCCCACUUCCUGAAUUCACAGCAACAGGAGCCUACCAACUGACAUCGCAGCGUAUCAUUUUUGUCCCGAUAACCACCAGAUAAGCUUUUGGAGUUGUUUUUUUUUUUUUUUUAAACUCCAGCGUCGUCGGCUUGCGUCGAGGAGUGUCGCCGCUCUGCUGCGAUGGUGGAGACUCCAGCUGGCUAUCUGUUUGAAGACAUUCAGUAUGAAGACAUCCAAGUUGAAGCGGCUGUUGGCAGAGGGACAUUUGGAGUUGUCUUCAAGGCCGUAUGGAAAGGAAAAGAUGUAGCAAUCAAGACCAUUGAGAGUGAAAAUGAGAGGAACGCUUUCCUUGUUGAGCUCCGCCAGCUCUCCCGGGUCAAUCACCCCAACAUUGUUAAGCUGUACGGCUCCUGUGACAACCCAGUCUGUCUGGUCAUGGAGUAUGCAGAAUGCGGCUCUUUGUACAACCUCCUGCACAGUGCAGACCCACAGCCCCACUACACCGCCUCGCACGCCAUGAGCUGGUGUCUGCAGUGUGCCGAGGGAGUUUCCUAUCUGCACGCUAUGAAGCCAAAGGCCUUAAUUCACCGGGACCUCAAACCACCAAAUCUGCUGCUCGUGGCUCGUGGCACGGUGUUGAAGAUAUGUGACUUUGGAACAGCGUGUGAUAUCCAGACCUACAUGACCAACAAUAAAGGCAGCGCAGCCUGGAUGGCACCAGAGGUGUUUGAAGGCAGUAACUACAGUGAGAAGUGUGACGUGUUCAGUUGGGGCAUUAUCCUGUGGGAGGUCAUCACACGCAAGAAACCCUUCGAUGAGAUCGGCGGCUCGGCGUUUUGUAUAAUGUGGGCCGUCCACAGAGGUACGCGGCCGCCUCUGAUCAAAGACCUUCCCCAGCCCAUAGAGACUCUGAUGACCCGCUGCUGGGACAAAGAACCCAGCCAGAGACCGUCCAUGGAGGAGGUGAAGAACACCAUGAGCCAGCUCAUGAAGUACUUCCCAGGCUCUGAUGAACCACUCAAGCUCCCCCACCAGUCUUCAGACAGCAGAAGCGGCUCCUCAUCGGCCACGAGCACAGACUCGUACGCGGACUACACCAUCAACAGUAACAAGAGUGACGACACCUCGGAACACAGAAACUCUGUUGGCAGAGAAGAAACCCUGAAAAGCUUUGAGGCUAAGUUUCCGCUCCAGUUCAAACCCUCGAAGACGGCCACGCUGCGUACUGGGCUGUCCAGAGGGCCCAGCGUAGACAGCCAGCCAGGACGCCCCCAGAGCCCCACGCACUGCACCAGCCCUGUAACCACCACCAGCCAAUCGGAGCUGAGGAUGACGUUUUGUCCCACAGCUACCAAUGGUUUAGACAGCUCCAUUCCCAUGGACUGCUUGAAACUGGAUCACCAGUUACAGCCGCUGACUCCGUGUCCAAACUCCAAAGAGUCCAUGGCCGUGUUCGAGCAGCACAUCAGGAUGGCGCAGGAGUACCUCAAAGUCCAGUCCGAGAUCGCUCACCUCGCUCUGAGGAAACAGGAGCUCAUGUCGGAGCUGGAGCAGGACCAGAGGGAGCAGCAGACUUCGUCCCGACUCAUCCAGGAGCACAGCAAGCUGCUGGAGGACAACAGCAGCCUGUCUGCCUACUGCCAGGGUCUGAAGAGCAAACUGAGCCUGAUCAAGAGUCAGAACCAGCACCACAGCUAGGAACAGGAGCACCACCACAGACAGUCCCGUUCCCUCUGACGGAUGAGAGGAAACACUCCAUGCACCUGCCGUGAAGUAGGGAAACCCGUUAACCCCAAAUAAGAACUUAUUUCACUCAACACAAAACAUUGUACCAAGAUAACUGUAACACAGACGGGGCUAAGUGGGCAGAACUUUGGUCUUUUAACAGGAAGCAUGCUCCAUAUCUCCGCUUACGCCUGUUGGAAUUUAAUGGGUUCAACAAAUUUUUUAAAAAAAUUUUUUUAGUGACCGCACCAACCAUAUCGCAGCCGAGACAGUUUAAAUCGGUACCAAAAAAUUCCCUGAAGAACACAGAUGUGGAAGGCGUCGUCGCUACAGGAAAAUAAGACUUUUGAAUUUAAAAGAAUUACACUGUUGACGCAAACAUUUAGAUUUCCUCUCAAAUAAAAUAUGGGUUAUCUUGAGAUAACUGAGCUGUGAGAUUAAGGAGACAUAACUAAAUAUUAGCAGCUACCGCAUCCUGUCUGGGCCUCCGUACAUUUUGAUGAUUGGGGGGGGGCGGUUGGAUGUGAAACUCAGUGUUCAUUUUUAAUAUUUCACCACGGUAUUGAUAUGGUGGGACCAAGGAGAUUCACGUCGCCUUUUUACUCUGAAAAUGGACUCCGAUUCAGGAAAAAAAAAAAAAAAAAAAAAACCUGAAGCGUCAUGGGGUCCAAAGGUGAGUGUUUUUUAUUUAGUUGUAUUUUCUUUUCUUUUUUUCUGAGUUGUUGGAAAAAGUAACUACUAUUGUAAUUAGUAAAUUACUACUUUUUAAAUAUUCCGUUUCAACACAGCCAUUGUGUUGUGUUUUAAGAAAAGAGGAGCGGUGUUGUUUUUAAUCCAAUUUUUACUGUGAAUAUAAGACUUACCAAAGGAUUCGGGCUUCAGAGACGUGCUGCCUCGGAGAAAAGAGCUUUGUUGAAAGACCGUUUGAAAUGGAAAUAACUAGAAUAAUGAACCCGGCAGGCGUUUCUACACCACUUUAAUUUCUUUCUUUUUUCUUUGGUUACUUUUUACACACAGUUAUAUUUCACCAAAUUAUUAUUAUUAUUAUUAUUAACAUUGUUCUGCACUACACUCACAGUAUUUGGGUCAAAGAAUGUUCUUGCGCAUGUGUAGUAGCCUCACUAUCGUUUGGGGGUUACUAUGGCGAUGGGUGAUUUUGCCGAUGGAUUGUUGUUUUUAUUUCAUUUUUCUUCAGACGUUGCCUAAGGAUUGUUCCUACACAGUUCGUUUUUCUUUCCAUUUGUUUUAUAAAACCUUUCUGCUGCGAUUUCAAGAUGUACAGAUUGAAAUGAUGUGCUUUUAGAGAGUAAAAACAAAGUUUGUAGUA